GGAAAUAGAGUGAAAAACGCCGGCCUUAUGGUGUAUUUAUUAUAGCUCGCAUGGCUCGUUGGGAUUGAAGAAUGCAGAUUUUUUCCAGUUUCAUGGCGCGGCAUUUGAAGAGGGGUGCGUCACUGAAGAAAGGGAAACGAGAGGGUAGCGGAAGCUGCAGCCCGGGGGAAAGACCGCCGGCAGGAUAUCUGGUUGGAAAUCCCUUAACCACCCUCCAGAGCCCCGUGGGUGGCCCUGCAGGGGGUCUCGGAGGCGUCGCGACGAUGAGCACGGACGACCUGGCGACGCAGGAUGACGAGUUCGCCGUCGCCCUCGCCUUGUCCCAGAAGACAGAGCGUGACGCGGAGGCGGUACGAGGAGCUCUUUAUCUUGGAGUCGCCCUCCUGGUAGCGUGGGUCGUCGGGGCAGCCGGUUUGUCUCUGGCAUGGCUAGUCCUGGUUCUCGCCCUCGUUGGAACGAUAUUCCGAGCGAGGCUGUCGCGGCUUCUGCAAACAGCCCUUCAACACGAAUUGUCGAGACUUCGUCGGCGCAGGGCGCUCUACAAGGAUGAGACAGCGGAGUGGCUCAGCCUGCUGAUAAAUCGCUGGUGGAGAUUUAGCGCGGGAAGCAUAUUCGCCCUUGCCAAGGAACGUUUGGAGCCAAUUCUGAAUGAGGCAAAACCUGGAAUACUUGGUCCAUUGGAGCUGCGAGAACUCACUCUUGGGGAACAGACACCCUGCAUAACGCGUGUUCGAGCCCUGGAUUACAGUGGAGACGAUGAUGGAUCUGCUGCAAGACCCGGCUUCAUUAAACUCUCUGUUGAAGCUGACCUUCGAUUGGACUGCGAGCAAUUCAGGAUGCUCAUCACAACGAGGCUCUUUGGAAAAGGAGUUGGGAUGGACGUUGAUGUGGCAGUUGAAAAAUUGUCUCUCGCUGGUACGGUGUUGGCAACUCUAACACUGAACUCUGCAGCCCCAUUUCCACAUGUAACGCACCUCAGCUUGAGUUUCGUAGAAAAGCCAGAUGUCUGGUUUAGUGUCAGGGUCCUUCGCGCUGUCCAGAUGAUGGAGGUGCCUCUUGUCAAGACAUGGAUCCAUGCAGUCGUUUCUGAUGCUCUUGCAAGCUGGAUAGUCGAUCCUGGACAUCUCGAAUUGGACCUUCGAGCACAGGAGAGACCUGGACCAGGUCUGGAUUGCGUAUUGCAUGACACACCACUCGGAGUCCUUACCGUCACGCUCAGCCAAAGCAACACGGUCUCAGGAAAUACAACGGACGAAGUUAGAUGGUUGGUGGUCACCAUAGGCGACCAGCGAUUAGUGACACCCCAUCUUUGCGCCAGCUGGACGGAAGACGUGUCUUUUCUUGUUGGGUCUUUGGAGAAUGAGCGAAUUAGCAUAAAACUGAAAGCUAAAAGGCUGGUCAGCACCAUAACUCUCGCUCAAUUUGAGCUGGCGCUGGGUGUGUACAACUGGGAAAAUUCUACAGUGGUCGAGAGUGUGCUGCAACAGAAAAAACCAUCUCGAAGCAGCGCCAACAUUCCCAAUAUAAAUGCUAGGCUGGAGUACAGCUCACUGCCCACCUUGGAACCUGAUUUACCACAGCCAGAAUUACCGGAUGAAAGCCUUCAUCCCUCAGUGACUCGAAAAAAUUCGUACCGAAAGCAAAGAGCAGGUGUGCUCAUUGUUUACAUACAUUCGGCAGAGGACCUUAUUAACAGCGAUCCCUCCCACUGCAAUCCGUACUGUAUGCUCUUCAAUAAUCGUAAAAAAGUAAAAACUACACAUUACGUCCGGGGUACAAGCUCGCCAAGGUGGGAGGCCAGGACGCAGUUUCUUGUACAAGACUACACUCAAGUUUCCCUGAGCUUUGUUAUAUGUUCAUGGAACAUAUCUAAAAUGGCAGAUACGGACAUGCUGGGUCUAGCUAUGCUUUCUUUAUCACAGGGCACUAGAUGGAUCGUCAGAAGAGAACUGACUCUCAGCGGUUCAAGUGGAUCAUCAACUAUGACAGUUUCUGUGCUUUUCCAUCCAGUCAGAAGUGUUCAACAAGUGGUGUCUAGUAGACGAGGAAGCAUUGCUCCCAUGGGAUCUGAUGAUGAUCCUAAGAUAAAGCGAAACAGCCUUCCAUGGAUGCAACAAGCGAAAAUGCUUCUAAUACAUCGCGAUGCGGACCCUGCCUCCUCAGACAUAUCAAGCCUUUUAUCGACAGGGAGUGGAUUGAUGGAGGUAACGUUGUUGCGCGCAAAAGAUCUCGUUGCAAAAGAUUUAAACGGUUUCAGCGAUCCGUUCUGUGAACUGAGACUGAACAAUGAAACAAAGUACAAAAGCAGCAUAAAAAAGAAAACUCUGAAUCCCUGCUGGGAUGAAAGUUCAAUCAUGGGAUUGCCAAGGGCUGGAGAAAAUUUGGACGUUAUGCUGUGGGAUCACGAUACUUUUGGGAUGAAAGAUUAUCUCGGAAAAGUGUCAUUAGCCCUAGAAGAUAUAAGAAAAUUGUCGAGCAGCGAUCAGUCCCAUUGGUUCGUACUCAAGGGAACCAAAUCCGGAUCUGUUGAGCUCAAAAUCAAAAUUCUCUCGGAGGAAUCUGAGACGCAGAGUACAUAUGCGGCAAGUACCGUCAGUGAUUCUUCCCUACGGCAGGAUACAGAGCCAGAUGCUGUCUCAACUGUGGUUCGGCGGCCAUCAAUGGAAAAAUCUAAAAUGAGAUUGCAUCUGGGACCAGUGGUUCCUCCUCCGCCGCCUCCUCGCACCGUCACCUUGAUUAAACCGCCAGCCAUAGUCCAUGUACCUGAUAAGACCAGUGUAACGAGCAAAGAAUCAGGUGAACUAAACGGUCUGACAACUGGUUGGUCUGGUCGGGAUACAAGCACAGUGAGCACCGAUAACGCAGAGGACGUCAUUGAUAGUAGCACCCUAGAGAAAUUUGGGGAAAGAAGAUCAUCGCAUCACAGUUUGACACCGAGUCCUGAUAAUGGUUUUGGGAAAAAGACGCCUCAGUACAACAGCUUUCGAGUAAUGAAACAGAAGGUUAAACGAGGACUCAAACUUCGCAGAUUUCGAUCUGAAGUUAAUAUCGAGGAUAAGGGAGACACUGCCAAAGGUGUCGCACUAAGUUUGGAACCCCGAGGAGGUGGGGAAGCUGAUGCGACGGAGUUACUUCAGGGUGCUGGUCUGUCCCAUGCAGUUUCGCAACCUGACAUGCUCGGGAGAAUAAGGCAGCCGAGUCCGAACUUGCGUGGAACAAGAGACUUGAAAACAAUCAAUGGCACAAGAGAAAAGUAUUCCGGUGUUGAAGGAAAAGUACUUCAAGCCCAAGGUCUCCAUGUUGCUCGUAUUGCCCAGCUUUAUUGUCGGGUGAAGUUUCAAGCGUGCACGAGUCCAGAGAAAAUGUCGUCUUCCACUAACGGCGGUAAGACGUUGACAAAGUCUCGCCUUCUUCCAGCAAUGCCCAAUCCACAGUUUGGCGUUGACUUCCAUAUUGAUAGUGAUGAAGUAUCCCGGCAAUCUUCUCUUAUUUUCGAAAUACGCAGCUCCAGCAAGGAGCUAUUGGCCAGUCGCAGAGUUACACUUCACGAACUUCUAAGUGGUGCUUCGGCGGCGACCAACGACGUGCAUACUUGGCUAGCAUUAAAUAAUGGCGCAUCGUUGGAAAUACAAAUUGGGCAUGGGAAGGAAGUGAAGAAUAAAUCUACCAAAAAAUUGUUCCGGUCUUGGUCAGUGCAUAGAAUUGGCAAAAUUUGAAAGUAGUGUAAAUUUCGGCCUACAGUUUCAAUGCAUCGAGCUGAAAACAGUUGAAUUUAACAUCUACUAGGUCGGUUUUGUCAUAUUUGCAGAUUAUAUUUGAUUCGAAAUUUGUCAGGUAAACUGCAAAGUAUAGCGCAUCCAUGAAGAAUACUUACGAGUUGAUUAAAGAUGUUUUCAUUUUUGUAUAUAUUAGAAAUACUAUGUUCAUAAUAUUAAAAAUUAAAUCUUUUGAAUAGUCUAACUGUAAGAGUUCGCGACUUCAUAAAUAGAUUUUGGUCAGUAUAGCAUAAAAUUGAUAAAUUUGGAAAGUUUUCAAAAUAGUGACAGGAUGAUU